UAACUGGUGUAACACUGUGCUCAACCGGAAAGUUAGUCUGCUCAUCGAUCUGACUUGUUUGGCUUGACUGGUUUCCCCUGCUAAGAUCAAUUCAAAUAGAAAAAUAUACAGAUAUUUUAAAUACCCAACACCUCAAGAGAAAAAGAAAGAAGUGGAAUGGAAGAAGUUGUUCAUCAACAAGAAACAGUCAGUCAUCACGAUCCUCCGGCGUUGAAUGGCGACCAUGGUGUAUUGAUUUCUGAGCAUGAGAAACACAAGCUGGCACAUGAUGCUGUUCAUAAGGCACAUAAAGGACAUGAAUCCAUGCAUGCACAGAUGCUACUUAUCCUGAUGGUUACUGUGUUGGUGGCGCAAGUUGUUCUUGUUGAAUGGAGAAAGAGGCAUUUCAGAUCCUAUCAAGGUGCUACGUUGGUUGCUAUGUGGGUGAUUCCCUUAGUAUUGUGCAUAAGGAGUUACUGGUGGCGUUUCGUAUUUUUCUGGCUCCUUUUCUCGAGUAUUUCGACCCUAGUUUUAAGAAAAGCUCUUGAAAAGCCAUUGCACGGGUCGACUCCUCGACUCGUUUACAAAUGGUUCUAUUUUUUGCAUCAAAUUAGUUGUGGGUUAGGAAUAGUGGGAUACACCAUUAUUAUGGCAACAUUCAUGGGCAUUAACUUGAUAUUCGGUGCGCUCCCUGCGACCUGGAUGGAUUGUGGUAUCCUACUUUUGUUCUAUGGACUGUACUAUGGAGUUUUAGGCCGCGAUCUGGCCGAAAUUGCAGCUGAAACAAUGGCAGCUAAUGCGGGAUUUUACACUCCGGCCGGAUCGAUUCCCAGCCGAACACUCGAUCCCAAUGUCUGCGCUGUUUGUGGAAACCGAUUACUUCUUAAAGCUGAAGAAGAAGCCAUUAUCGAAAAAACUUGCCGAUUGUCUUGCAAUCACGAGUUUCACGAGUUCUGCAUUCGCGGUUGGUGCAUAGUGGGCAAGAAACAGACCUGCCCUUAUUGCCGCGAGAAAGUCGAUUUGAAGAAAAUGUUUUGCAACCCGUGGGAACGUCCGCACGUCUUGUACGGACAACUUUUAGACUGGAUUCGAUGGCUCGUUGCAUGGCAGCCACUAAUCCUUUUGCUUGUGCAAGGCAUUUCGUGGACCCUUGGACUUGAAUAGAUUAAUUUGGAGUUUUUUUGUUGUUUUUUUUUUUUUUUUUAGUUUAGUUAUAUUUUUCUCUUCUGUUAAAAUUCAGUCAGUGCUGAUGUGCAAGACUUGAUCAAGGACGCCACUCAACUGCAUGCCAGGGAAUAUUAAGUUGUUUCAUGUUGACCGCCAAAUCCAUCAAAUAAUCAUAACAUUCACACCUAAACCAAACGAACGAUUAGAUCACUUAAAUAAAUUCACGAAUUCAUGACGGAAA